AUGUCACUGCAUGAUUCCAACUUUCGGACGGUGGCCUCUUCUUCGAAUCCCGAUAUCCCGUCCUCCUUCAACCCAUCAUCUCCAAGAAUACACAGUCGCGUAACACAUGUCACCGCAUCUGAUACACGAUUGCCUUCUCUGGGUGACGCCGAUUUCACGUGUUUGAGAUCCCCAUCUACCGGCUUCCCGCAUAGAUUUUGCUCGCAGGCAAACGUGAUCCGAGGUCAGCCACCAUUGCGCUCCUCAAACAACGGUCUCAACGCGCGCGAACUGGUCAGGAAUGUAGAUGAUUUCAUUGAGUUGGAUCUCGGCACCCGUUCGUUGGUCCACUCAGAUGGAGACGUCAAUAUGUGUUCGCAACUUUCCUUUGACUUGUAUCCCUUCACCUUUAAUCACUCUAUGGCAAUAACCCAACCUCAUCGCUCUUCAUGUCCUGCGUCUGCUACGUCGGCGUCGGUUCCCCACUACUCUUUCUCUUCUUGCGACACAUAUUAUGAUUCCUGGCUCGCGCAUUCCAAACAAAACGGUUGUUCCCGGUGCAUUACCAGCUCUCAGGUUUCAGCUCCUGUGGAUUUCGAUCCCGUGGUUCAUUUCCAAGCCCGCAUCCCACAAAGGGCACCUGCGCACCGUGAGUCGGAGGCACCGCAUCCUUCAAACCCUCCUGCGGUUUCCACUUCACUAACAUCCGCUGCACCACCGUCGUUUUCCCCACCUGGGUGCAAUGACCGCACUGCUUCCCCCGGUCUCGAUAAACUUCCCAACACGGAGCGUGCUGCCUCACAAGACUCCCCUGUUUUGCUGAUAGCCACGUCAAAUCCACCAACAUCCUGCGCCUACGCAAUAUGCGAUAAUUCCGCUGUGGCUGGUCAUUCAUCCAUGUUACUUCAAACAUGUGACUUGGCAGUCGGGGGCUCACUUAUCUGUACAGUUGUUAAUAUUCUGCGUGGAUUGCGCCUUCUAGACAGGUGUGGCCUAGAGGAUCUCUGCACCAAUCUGUACGGGCUUCAGCAUCUCCAACCAAAGCUGCAUGCUUGCAAUCACCUUAGUGUUUCUCAACUGAAUGAAAAAUAUUGUGCAGAUCCCUGUGUGACACGCUCAUCCUCCUUCACUUCACCUGCCCUCAUCUCCCCAAGACGCUCAAUUCUUCCAAGGGAUAAUUUUCACAGCGUUGACUCUCAAAAAUCUGUCAUCUCUUCUUCUGUCUACCCACACAAGGCGUUGGGGUGCAUUGCCCGUUUUGUUUUGGCAUGCAGCCUUUAUGGUUCUUCCCUUCCCCAGGCUUACAGCCGAUUCUCUUCACCAUCUACUUCGCGAGGGCGUCCCUCUAACGAGCUAUUCGCGGAUGAUCCCGGUACCAGCGUUGCUGCCACGCCCCGCCUUCGCAGUGCCGACUGGAAACGAGGUUGCUCUUCAAAUUUAGUAACGCUGCUUUCAUCCGUCCCCUCAAGUGGGCUGAAACGUUCAUCUGUGGCCAUCAAUCGGCUCUUGGCUGGACGCUUCCUUCCUGGGCCAAACGGUUGGCGCAGUGCCUGGCCUCAUUCAUCCUGUUCGCCAAAUUCUCAGGCAUCUGACACUGAGGAACUCGCUCGAUGGAUAUCUUGUUGGAUCCGCUGCGGCGCCGUGAUUGUUUUGGCUGAACUUCAACAGCCCAGUGGGGAUACCAUAAUGAACAACUGUCACAUAUCGGAUAACGACGGCGGGGUGUCCGAAUUGGUAUGGCAGCAUCGGUUAGUAUAUGGAAUCUCAAAGCAAAAUGAAGUCUUCCUCUCGAACCCUACGGAAUUGGCUUCCGUGAAAUAUGUACUACAGCAGCUGUCUGUGCAAACCACUAUACACCUCGAAAAACGUCACUUGGCUCAAUUGUGGCAUGAACACAAUCGGUAUCAUGUAAACGGUUUGGAUUCGUCACCUACACGACCGCUCAUUGGCUCCAUAACGCCGUAUUGCUCUGGAGACUUUUCUGUGCUCGCUUGUCAACAGGACUGUCGUUGGAAUGAAAUGAACGUUUUGGGUCAAGUUUUGCAAACACUUCGGAGCGUAGAAAACGAAAAGUUUCAGAGAAGUACAUGUUCCUCCGUCAACAGUUCCACCUCGGUGCACUCAUCUCCCUCAGAAGAGGCUUGUCUAUCCCCGACCAUUGUGAUCCCCUCGUCCCAGUCCCCUGGUUUCAGCGUGUUUCUGGCAAAAUCGGAUUGGAAGCUCGUGCAUGCGCUGUAUCAACCCGUGCGUCGAUUUGACUAACUGAUCGCAUCUGAGAUUCCCGACAUGUGUGCCCAUCUCACAGGACUUAACAUGGGUUCGACCAUCGUUUCACUGUCGUAAUACAUAACACAUCCGCCGCGUCGAUCUGAGGUACUUUAUCAUCACUCUGCUUUUGUCUUCCGAUUGUGUACAGUACCUCAUUUUGCUCCAUUCAACCACUUACUUUCUCUGCUUUCAAUAAUCUCCGGAUCUUCUGAUUUACAGGUACCCCCACAUGCUUCGUCCUAUGUCGGUAAAACGGCAUUCUCUUCCAUUUUUUCCUACAUGAUCGACGGCUCUAGCAGUCUUCUUUAUAGGAUUUCAAGAGACUCUCCUCAAAGCUACUCGACUUAAUGUUCUCGUCUUCUGUGUAAGAAUUUUAAAAACUUUUGGUGUGGUCUUUCGCCAGUGUAGCUGGGCAACGUCUGACACAUAUGGGCGCUAAUAAAGUAAUUGUUUUAUAUUUUUCUG